ACAAAUUAAAUGACGGAGAAAUAUCAAACAGAAACAGCCGAACACUUCAGGCAGCUGCACACGUGUAAACACCUCAUUAGCCUAUGUUUUCUUCUUUCCUUCCCGCGCUAAUAGCUCUCAUUCCAUCUUUUGCUUCAUUCCUUUCUGCAACGGCCAAUUCCUUGUUUUAGGCCGAAAUGACGAUUCUGCCCUCCGCAGACCGGAAGUGUCGCCGAAGCCCCAGAAUUCCUCUCCUUCCCCAGAAGGACGAUGACUACGAACCCCUCGAGUCCGGCUUCGAUGGCGCUUCGUUCUCCGGCGCCGUUUUCAACCUCUCAACGACUAUAGUCGGCGCCGGGAUCAUGGCUCUUCCUGCGGCCGUGAAGCAGUUGGGAAUGAUUCCGGGACUAAUUAUGAUCGUUCUUGGCUCGAUGCUGACGGAAUCUUCCAUUGACAUGAUUCUAAGAUUCUCUCGAGCUUCCAAGGCUUCAACGUAUUCAAGCCUGGCCACCGACGCCUUCGGGGGUGCAGGCCGGUCUCUCCUGCAGCUCUGCAUUGUGGUUAAUAAUUUGGGCAUGCUCGUCGUCUACAUGAUCAUUAUUGGGGAUGUUUUAUCAGGUACUUCGUCUGGAGUUGUCCACAAUACGGGUGUGAUGGAAGAAUGGUUUGGUCUUCAUUGGUGGACUACGCGCUCUUCCUUAUUACUGCUCACCACACUUUUAGUUUUCACGCCUCUAAUUUCAUUCAAGCGCGUGGAUUCAUUGAGAUACACAUCAGCAUUGUCAGUGGGCUUGGCCAUUGUGUUCGUCAUCAUCACAGCUGGAAUAGCAAUGAUGAAAUUGAUAAAUGGAAGCAUUGAAAUGCCACGUCUUAUGCCAAAAGUCAUUGAUCAGGCCUCGUUUUGGAAGCUUUUAACUACUAUUCCUGUUCUAGUCACAGCCUACAUCUGCCAUCACAAUGUUCACCCUAUAGAGAAUGAGCUAAAAGACCCCAUGCAGAUGAAGUCCGUAAUGAAAGCAUCGCUUGCAUUAUGCUCGUCUGUCUACGUCGCUACCAGUUUCUUUGGAUUUCUACUUUUUGGGGAUCAAACUUUGGAUGAUGUACUGGGAAAUUUUGAUGGUGAUCUUGGACUUCCUUACAGCUCAUUGCUUAGUGAUGUUGUUAGAGUGAGCUAUGGCAUCCACCUGAUGCUCGUUUUCCCCAUUGUAUUUUUCUCCCUCCGCCUUAAUAUAGAUGGUCUUCUCUUUCCCUAUGCCAUUCCCAUAGCAUUUGACAACCGAAGAUUCUUCUCAGUAACAGCAGCCCUCAUGGGUUUUAUUUUCGUGGGAGCUAAUUUUGUUCCUAGCAUCUGGGAUGCAUUUCAGUUUACUGGUGCCACAACCGCAAUCACCGUUGGGUUUAUCUUUCCUGCUGCAAUUGCGCUAAGGGAUACUCAUGGAAAUGCGACCAAGCAUGAUAGACUAGUAUCAUGGGUGAUGAUCCUAGUAGCUGUAUCAUCAAGCACUAUGGCCAUCUCUAGUGAUAUCUACAGCAUCUUCAACAACGAUGAAAAAGUUGGAAACUGACCUUAUAAAUGAUGGAAGCAACUAUCUGGUUGUUUUCAUUCCACCCCAAAGAAUCACAAAUCUGGGUCAUGGAAAUUUCACACAAAUAGCUGCUAGAAAGAGCACACUCGUCCGAUUUUGUAAUAGUCAUUGCUUGUGUCGCCGUGUUUCAAUUCACCACAUGGUUGUAACAUUUAAAAAAAUUACAGAGUGUUAUACUUAUUGUGACCUAGAGAGCAGUGGGUAUAGAAAGUAAUGUUAUAGACACAAAUCAUAGUGUUUCAUGUUUGUUUGUAACGUAUUUGAUCUUUAGAAUUGAAUGUAAAUGAGAAUAUUAUAGCUUAUUUAUUUUUCCACUACAAAAUACAGAAUGUGAAAUCAAAUAUUUAUUUAUUCUAAUCGUACUACUUGGUCA